AGGAUCGGCAUGUGAGUAGGUGCAUGUGCAUAAGUGACAGAGUACUUACGCAGGUGAAAGUACCGGCAGCAUCAAGCGCAGCUAAUGAUACCCCCCUCCUCCUCUCUUUGUCACUCGCCAAUCUCAGUCAAUCGCUAGAGAUAGUAAAACUGAUUUCAUCACGCUAACAAUGGGAAAGAAAGUGCAGUAAUUGGAGGAUAGAGCAGGAACUGCUUGCGUAUUCAGUGGAAUCGAACUACAAUAAGGGAUCGACGCUUUAAUUCUAUGGUUUCAUUUGUUUAUUGUGAUUUGUAGUAACACUGUAGUUACAAAGAAUCUACAUCAAUAUAUUAGAAUAUUGUCAGGGUCCAGUCCAGGUAUCAGUAGAUUUAUAUCAGUUUUAUUAAGCUAAAUUAAACGGUUUAGCUUUAGUCAAUCUAAAGAGGCAUAGAGGAGCUACCAUAACAAGAUUGUUUCCUUACUUUCAAAAAUAUAUUAGACGUUACAGUAAUAUGUAAGUAUAUAAAAUGACGUUUGAACCUGAUGACAUUUUUGAGAUUGGCAUUUGUCCAGCAGCUGCUUUGAGCUGACGAUAACGAUUCGAAAUUAUCUUUCUGUACUUAGGAAUAUAUGAAAAUUCGCGGAUGAGAAAUGAAUUUUUAAGUAAACACAUCGCUUAAAAUAAGCUUUAAAGCUUCAAUCUUAAAAGUAGUAGUUACUUGUAAGUCAUGUCGUCUAGACUUGAGCACAUUAGGUGUGAAAUAUGAUUGGUCGGGGAGGAAUGAUCGGGUGCUCCAGGGUGGUCGGCUGGAGGCUGGCGGCGGGCGCCGGUGGCGGCGUCGCGUUGCUAGGCGGCGGAGGGGCGGGCGCGGGGCACGGGGCGCUGGCCGGCGCGGGGGCGGCGCUGGGCGGGCGCGCACCGUCGCCUCGCUGCUUCAUUCCAGUCCACUCCGCGGCGUCGACUGAUGCGCCCGCCGUGUGACGCACGUGCCAUCGCUCGAGCGUCCAGUGUCCGACCUCUGUAACCGACCGUUUAUGACAUUCGACAACCCCGCCCCGGUGCAUUUUUCCAAGUUGCAUUUCGAUCAGUGCGAGAAGUGCGUCGGCCGCGCAGUCCGUGAGGCGGUGAUUCCGCCCGCGUUUAUUUAUGUUGUCGUUUUGGUGUGGUGAAUAUUUGUGUUUGUACGGACGACGAUAGCCGUAUUUAUUAUCUGUGCGAUCGGAGUCGAGUGCAUUUUUAACGACGAUCGACGCUUGUUUUGCCAAGGUGUGAUUGUGCACCGGCGUGCGGUGCACAGCGGGCGGGGUGGCCGAUGUGGCGCGCGCGUGCGAUGCGAGUGGCCGAGUAGCGGCCGCCGGCGCCGCCGCCUCCGCCGCGAUGGUCGGCGUGGGCGUGGAGGGCGCGCCCGAGUACUACGGCGAGUACUACCCGCCGGAGUACUUCGUGUCGCCGGACAUGUGUCCGCACCCACACCAGCAUCCGCAGCACGCGCACAUGUGCACCGUCCACGCUGAAUAUGGCGGGAUGCAGGUGGUGCCAUCAACGCCGAUGAUGCCGCAGCUGAUGCCGCCCGUGAUGGACGAGAGCCUGCGCCACUACCUGGUGCCGCAUCCCCACCCCCACCACCACCCGCCGCACCCGCAGCAGCACCACCAGCCCCCACCGCAUCACCAGCCGCCGCAUCACUAUGGUCCUUCAAAUGGUACAGGAGCUCCACAUUUUUAUGGUGCGGGGUAUCCACCCCACUUUCAUCAUGUGCCUCCACACAUGCAACACUCGCCACCACCACCAGUAUACCAGAAGGAUGAGAGGACACAACGGCAGUACUCAAAAUUAAAACAAAAGCUGGAGCGCAAGCAAACAAAUAGGAAUAAUGGUAUUGAGGUGAAUUCAGGUGCGAGUACGCCGUCGCUAUCGCCGAGAAAGGAACUGAACGGUCGAGGGGGCGACAGCGGGGGCGCCUCCUCAGGCGCGUAUUCGGAGGGCGAAGGCUCCUCUGCUGGCGCCUCCGUGCAGGGCGACGACGAUAAUGCAACGCAAGCCGUACUCGACAUGCUGUCUGCGACUCGCACGCCGCAGGUUAGCGACAUAACUCCAAGAAGUGCAUUUUUGCAAUGGAAUGCACCCGUUCCAGAGAGUGUCACAGUACCAAAUAUAGAUCUUACCUAUGAUUUAUUACUCAGUGAUAAGGAAACGAAGCGAUACAAAGCCAUAUACAGUGGACCCUCCCUAUCUUGCCGUGUGAGAGAUCUUAAGCCUGGAUGUGAGUAUUCAGUUUGCCUGCAAAUACGAGCUGGAGAACUGACUGGAGCCGCGAGUGAAGCCGCUACGUUCCGAGCCCCCGCCGCGCCCCCUGACCGCAUGGGGCCACUGCGGGUCACGCAACGCACUAGAAAUUCCUUACAACUGCGUUGGAACUCGGUACCCGACAAUGGGGCGCGACUUUGGUAUUACCUACUCGAAACGAACCUCGGCGAAGGCUUCGUGGAACUCGCUAGGCCUCGAACGCGCCAGCACACGGCGAACAACUUGAGACCGCAGACUCAGUACCGCUUCCGAAUAGCAGCUGUCAACGAGUGCGGUCAGGGUGAGUGGAGCGAGGACACCGUCGCGUGGACCACCGGCUCCCCGCCACCUGCGCCCGCACCACCCUCUCUACAAAGCGCUACAGCGGACACUCUCACACUGUGCUGGGAUCGGAAAUCUGAAGAAGAAUUCACCCUUCAAAUGGAUGACGCCGCCCGAGGGCACGGGUUCCUGCCCAUUUACAGCGGACCCGAGCGAUCUUACGUAUGCGGCGGACUCCGCCGCGCCACUGACUACCGCUUCCGGCUCCGGUGCGAGACCGGCGACGGGCAGGGGCCGUGGUCGACGGAAGUCGCAUACCGAACUGCGCCUGAGAGGCCGGGAGCGCCCGGUCGACCGAGUCCUCGGGGUAAAAUACACUCGCGCGCAUUCCGACUGCGAUGGGAGCCGCCCGCGGACGACGGCGGCGCGCCCAUCGCGUCGUACACGCUCGAGCUAGACGGCGGCGAAGGGUACCGCCCCGCGUACCAGGGGCUCGACCGCGAGGCGCACUGCGAGCGCCUCCUGCCCGGCACGCCGUACCGGGCGCGCGUGCGGUGCGCCAACGACGUGGGCGACAGCGACUGGUCGCCCGCGGAGACCGUCACCACGGACGCGAGCUGCCCCAGCGCGUGCGCCGCGCCCGAGCCCGCCGCCGCUCCGCGUGCUACACUCGCCGCGCUGCGGUGGCGCGUGCCCGACUGCACUGGUGGCGUGCCGGUCACCGAGUACCGGUUGGAGGUGGCCGACGCUGACGGGGCGGUGCGGCUCGCCUACCAGGGGCCCGCAACCGAGUGUAUCGUGCGCGACCUCACGCCCGGUCGUCCUUACCGCGCGUGGGUCACGGCAUGCAACCGCGUCGGGGCGGGCCCACCCUCGGCCGCGCUCGCCUUCACCGCCGCCGCCUCACCGCCGGACGCGCUCGACGCGCCUCUCGUCACCGUCGAGACCGCCCACAUCGCCCGCCUCGAGUGGACGCCGCCCCGCAACAACGGCGCCCCGAUCCUCGACUACCGGCUCGAGAUGAGCUCCACCAACGCGGAAGACGCGUUCGCAGAAGUAUACCGGGGGCUGGAGACGUCAUGUGUGGUCGGCGAGCUGACGCCUUUCUCGCCGUACUUCUUCCGGGUGUGCGCCAGCAACUCGGCGGGGCGAGGUGCGUGGUCGGGCGUGCGGGACGUGCUAACGCCGCGCGCGCCGCCCGCCGCGCCGCUCGGUCUGCGGCAUGAGGCCACGGCCGACUCCCUGCACCUGUACUGGCGGACGCCCGUGUCGCACGGCGCCGACGUGCUUGGUUACCGGGUGCAGGUCGGCGACGCCGCUUUCGACACGGACGGUCCGACGCCCGAGCGGCUCGUGGAGGGCCUGCGCCCCGACACCAUGUACCGCGUGCGCGUCGCGGCGCUCAACGAGCUCGGCCUCGGCGCCUGGUCGGAGGAGGCGCGCGCUGCAACGAGGCCGAUGCCGCCGCCGCCGCCGCACCUCAAGUUAGCGCAGGCGGCGCACAACUUCCUCAAGCUGGAGUGGGCGAGCGCCGGCGAAGGCGCGCAGUACUGCGUGGAGAUGCGUGCCGCGGACGGGCGCGAGUUCCGGCCCGUGUAUCGGGGCUCUGCGCGCUCGUGCAAGGUGAAAAAGCUGCGCGAGGCGAGCGCGUACUGGUUCCGCAUCCGCGCGAGCGACGAGCGCGGCGGGCGUGGCGCGUGGUCGGAGCCGGCGGCGGGCGACACGCUGGCGGCGCCGCCCCCCGCGCCCCGCCCACCCGCACUCCACCUCCCCGCGCCGCGCGUCGCACACAUCGCCUGGGAAGCGAUGGAAGACGCUGAAUACAUCCUGCAGUGUGCGCGCGGCAAGGAUGCGGUCUUCAAACAGGUAUACGCGGGCAGCGAGACGCAGUUCUCUUUGGAGGAGCUGGAGGCGGGAGCGGAGUACCUGGUGCGCGUGAUGGCGGUGCGCGGCGGGCUAGGCAGUGCGUGGUCGGCGGCGGCGCGGCUCGUGGUGCCCGCGGCGCGCGCCCGAAAGCGGCCCGGCGUCGGCACCACCGGCACGGCGGCCGGACCGGCGGCGGGCGCCGGCGCUGGCGGCGCGGCCUCCGGGGCGGGCGCGCGUCGGACGGCACUGCUGAUGGCGGCCGCCUUCCUCCUGCUGGCGGUGGGCGUGGCCGUCCUCCUGCAGCGCCUGGUGGAGCCCCGCCCGUGACGUGCGCUGGCGGCGGCGCGCCCCCGCGCCCUCGCCCGCCUCUAACCCGCCCCUGUACAUAAUGUAGAUACGCGACCGCGACCCCGACGCGACUCUUCAAGCGGUAUAAGAGUUUUAUGCGCAAACGUGAAGUUGCCAUUGUUUAUGAAACGUACGAGUUUCGCAGUGUGGGAGCGCCCCCUCCGUCUCGUGUGUGUACCCUUUCUGUUUCCGCGAAUCUUCGCAAUCUAGUCUACGCGCUCGCGUCCGUCGAUGCUGCCGCGUCGGUCGUACGCUAGCGCUCUUCCGAUAUCCUGUAUCGCUUGUCGAUCUGCGACUCUGUUUUCCGUAUGUACGUCUCUUGUCUACGAUCGAUCUGUCUGUUGCGAGUCUAUAACGGUUUUAAUUGUAAGAGGUCAGUAAACGACUAAGGUGCUCUAUUAUUAAAGUUCUGUUAAGGAGGGCGUGGCCCUCUCUCUGCAACGAGUUUCCAGUGUGUGUGCUGUGAUCACUUCCUUAUGCGAAUGAGACUGAUUUUACAAGUAAACGCUUUGUUUAUAGAAAUGUUUCAAAAUGCUUCGGUAACACUAUUCCUGACGGACUGUAUCUGCGCCGCGACGCGGCGUCCGGCGUCCGGUUGCAAUGCAUACAGCUACAUAAUCCUAUUUUAUAUACUCCGAAUGCUUAUUUUAUAAUAUCGAUGUACCUUAUCAUAUUGUAUCGUCGAUAAUAAUUAAUUAUUGUUUUUAUUCAUAGAUCAUGACCUUUUAAGGAUGACAUUAUAUAAUGAAUAGGUAAUUUGUUUAUAAAUUUAGAGAUUACUGAGAUUGUUACCACCCGGUAAAUAAAAUAAGGGAGUUGUCAAAUUUGAACUAAUUUGUAAGGCGUUGUGUCCCAAAUGUGUAAUGUUUUCAAAGAAAUGUUAUUAUAGCCCUUAUUGAUGUUUGUUACUUUCAUAGCGUUAUUAGAAAAAUGUUAAAUGAUUUCCAUAUUAUUCUAAAUGAAUUUUGUUCUAGAUAAGCAAAGUGUCUUUAUUAAUUGUGUAUCUUUUAUUCGAAAGAUAGAGUAGAUUAUAAUGCCGUUAUAAGAGUUUCCAUAUUAAACAUUGGUGUUUUAUAUAUCACGAUAUAAUACUAUUCACGAUUAAAUGUGUUCGGGAUCUCACGGCUGUAAUGCGUUUGUCUAACUGGUUGUAGUGAUGUGACGUGUAGGCCCCACAUGUCGAUGUGUAAACAUGUACAGAACGUCGUUCUAGGUACUAAUAACAUUGAUUGUAUUCGUAAUAAUCGAUGAGAUUUCCGUGACACACCAAUAGGUUUAAAUAUGUCGUAAAUAUAUAAUAUUUACUUCUCCUGUGAUCAGCUUAUUAUUCUAUUAUUUAUAUAUAUGUUUAUUAUUGUUAUCCGAAACAUUCCUAGGGUACAUGUUGCUUUCCGAUUUCAGUAAGCUUGUUUCAUUGUUAUACUAUCUAUUAUAGAAAUUCACUUCGUGCCUAUUUUCUUAAGGCGUUAUUGACUUUGCGAGCUCAGCUCACAAGUUCAAAAUAAUUAUUUAUUUUUUUGAAAAAUUUAUGAUAAAGAUGAUGUGCAAUUAUUUUUAACAACUUAUUUAUUUCUUAAUCGCUUUAAUAUAAAUAUUUAUUUUUUAGAAAAUAUAUUGAGAUUCCAAAAGCGUCAUAACAUUAAUUCAAUGUUCCUCAACAUGCUACACCAACUGUUGCAAGCUAAAUUUGUGUACUACAGUCAAGCAUCAUGCAUUCCAACUUUAUUCCACUUGUAAAUAGGCCUAACGAAUUUUAUGUCUUGAAUGUACAUCUUGCUUUAAAUUAAAUUGUAAAUACCUAAAUCUGAUGUUGAUGAGCUUUGUGUAAAGGCGUGUUUAAACACUGAACAUAUGCCAAUGGAAAUUACUAUUCUGUGUUGAGACUAAAAACUCUUUCAAUUAAAUGAGAUAUAUUAUUAACGGGGAUAACAUCUCAUAUUGUAUUUGUGUUUUAAAUAAGUAACGUAUAACGAAAUGUAUAUGUUUAUAAUAUAAUAUUUGAUGAUGUUAUGUAUACAAUUUAUUAAACAUGAAUAUAUCAAUAAAACUAUAUUUUUGUGUACGACAA